UUUUCCUUCGUUGCGUGAGACUCUCUGAAUAUUUCUACAACAAUGGAAUUCUCUUCCAUGCUCAUCUUCACUCUCAUCUCUCUACUUUCAGGAUCAGCUUCAUCGGAGCUAGUCUUAGAGGAAGGCUAUACUGUAUCAACUGUUCUCGACGGCGACAAACUGAAUAUCAAUCCAUAUGCAGUCCUGCCUCGACCUGGAACUAAUGAUCUUAUCGUCCUCGACACCGCUGGCAAUAACUUUUACACGGUCUCUUUUCCUAUCUCUAAAGAAAGCAAGAUUAACCAGUUUGCUGGUAGUGGUACCGCCGGAUUUUCUGAUAGAGAUCCGAAAUCUUCCAUGUUUAAACACCCAAGGAGCUUCACUGUUGAUACGAAGGGGAAUGUCUACGUCGCUGAUAGGAAUAAUCACGCGAUUCGGAAGAUCAGCAAAUCGGGAGUGACUACAAUUGCUGGAGGCUAUUCAAAUAGGACUGGCAAAGUGGAUGGACCUGCACAGAACGCAACUUUCUCUGAUGAUUUUGAACUUGCUUUUGUACCUGAAAGAUGUGCAUUGUUGAUUUCUGACCGUGGGACUCGAUUGAUUCGCCAGAUAAAUCUGAAGCCAGAGGAUUGUGCAAAGGGUUCUCAACUAGAUCUGGGAGUGACCUGGAUCUGGUUGGUUACGGGACUGGGAGCCUUGGGAAUACUUGUUCUUGUCUCUUACCUUCUCAUCUCUCGUGAAGUCUCCGGUCACGGCUGUUUCAGCGAGACAGGGAAGUACUGCCGUGUGACAUGGAAGCACUGCCGAAUCAUUCUGGGGAGACAAAUUCUGAUAAUCUGCUCCGACAUCAGAAGCGUAGUUGCUAGCUCGAGAUCUUACUUGAUGUCGCUUUGGCAUGUCAGGCUGAUCCUAUCUUACCUUUCUCUUAUAUUUAGGAUCCAUAGAGUAGAACAUAAUGUUUUCUCGAAGGAAUCUGUCUCUUUGCUUGACUCAGAUUGUGCAAAUAACCAUGAGUUGACAAAACAACAAAUCUUUGCCGACCAGCUGAAGAAUUUAAUUACCUUUGAUGGAUGCCUGGAUGCAGCCGAUAGGGUGGAGAUCUUUAAGCAAGGAAAUGAGGAUUACAAAGGAACUGGUGUUUUAACUGAGAGCUGUGGAAAGGUGGAUUCUAUGAGGUGGGCUAACAUUAUGGAUUUCACAAACCAGGGUGAUCAGGGAAACCCAGUGGGGUCUCUCGUAGGUUCAGCACCAUGUUGUUUAGUUAAGAGGGAAUUGAAAUUAGAUUAAAAGACAUUAUC